AUGCCCGGGGUAUGUGCUCGUGUGAUGCCGACAAUGGUGACUGAUAAACCAGCUGCCUAUUGCCGCUAUCUGGCGGUGUUCUAUCAAGCCGAUUCUAGCCAGGCCGUAGGAUGGAGCGGCAUCCAGUAG